UCUCGGGAGUCACGCCCCAACCGUCCGAGCCCUCGAGCCUUUGUUCCAGCCUCCUAGCCUUCUUCGGCGAUCUUGGCUUCUGUCGAAGGCUCAAGGGCUCUUCUUUGCUCGAGUCGCCGGACAUCUCACCCUAGCAUUCGCGACCGGCCUCUUCUCUCUGAAGGCUCUUCGUUGCUCAACGCAUUCAUAUGUUAUGAUGCUUUGUCCUUUUUGGGUUCAAUGUUGAGGAUUUUUAGCCAGACUAGUUCUGCAUCACAGCAAUUUUUUAACAUGCCAAUGCUCUGGUGAAAUGGAGUAGAAUCCCAAUGGAUCAACAAAUUGAAGAAUUGCCUCAGUAUAUACAUAUUAAUCAGAAUGACUUCUCGUAUCGAAAACCCCGGAAGCAAAAAGAGGAGGACAUUGCUAUCUGUGAAUGCAAAUAUGAUGCCAACAAUCUUGAUAGUGCGUGUGGAGAGAGGUGCUUGAAUGUAUUAACCAGCACAGAAUGCACACCUGGAUAUUGCCCCUGUGGAGUCUACUGCAAGAAUCAGAGAUUUCAGAAAUGUGAAUAUGCAAAAACGAAGUUGUUCAAGACUGAAGGCCGUGGGUGGGGUCUUCUUGCUGAUGAAAAUAUAAAGGCUGGAUGGUUUAUUAUUGAAUACUGUGGGGAAGUAAUUUCUUGGAAUGAAGCGAAGCGAAGGUCCCAAGCUUAUGAAACUCUAGGCCUCAAGGAUGCAUAUAUUAUUUCUCUUAAUGCCCAAGAAUCUAUAGAUGCCUCCAAAAAGGGAAGCCUUGCUAGGUUUAUAAACCAUUCAUGCCAACCUAAUUGUGAGACAAGGAAGUGGACGGUUUUGGGGGAAAUAAGGGUUGGGAUAUUUGCCAAGCAAGAUAUUUCUUUUGGAACCGAACUGGCAUAUGAUUAUAAUUUUGAAUGGUAUGGGGGUGCUAAAGUUCGCUGCCUUUGUGGAGCAGCUGGCUGUUCUGGAUUUCUUGGGGCAAAAUCUCGUGGUUUUCAGGAGGAUACUUACCUAUGGGAAGAUAAUGAUGACAGAUACACAGUUGAGAAAAUUCCACUCUAUGAUUCUGCGGAAGAUGAGCCUUCCUCGAAGCUCCUUAAAAUUGCAGACCCCUUAAAACCUGACUUCAUAAUUGAUCAGAAAAGUGAAUACUCUAUGGUGAUGGAUGUUAGAGUGGGAUCUAAGCAUGAGUUCGAUUCCACUGCAGCUGUUGUUGAGUCACUGGAUUCGGUUCCAAUGGAAGGUGUGGUAAUGAAUGCUGUGAAAACUGAAGUAAAUGAACAGACAAAGUUGUAUUCUCAAGAUACUCAGCAGGCUUUCUCACAAAAGAAUGCAAUGAUAUCCCUCAUUCGAAGUAAUAGUUCAUGCCGGAACCCUCACACUGGGGCAGGUCCUGUAUCAAACAAGAGAUCACAACAUUAUUCAAAUGGAAGAUCAAAAAAUCUCACCCGAAAGCAAGUUGAUACAAAAUUUGUGUGCCAACUCUUAUCAGUGAAGGAGUCACAAGAUGAGGUCAUCAAAUGUGAGGAAUUGAAGAAUCAGGUCAAUUCGCAGCUCGAUUCCUUAUACAAUGAAAUACGACCUGCCAUUGAAGAACAUGAGAGGGACAGCCAAGACAGUGUACCGACCAGUGUAGCAGAGAAAUGGAUUGAAGCUAGCUGUUUUAAAAUGAAAGCUGAGUUUGACCUUCAUUUGUCCAUUAUCAAGAAUCUUGCCUGUACUCCUCAUAGGGUGCGCAGUGAAGCAAAAGCUUCUGAAGGAGAGAACGAUGUGAAUGAAGUGAAGCAUUUGACAGUGUAAUGUUAAACUGGAAACACAUCUGGUGGGAAUCUGCGUGAGGUAUGAAAGUUUUAACAUAGCAGAAGAAGUAAAAUAUGAGGUUCUCAAAGCUAAACUAAACAAUAGUCGAGGGAUUAUUUGUUAGCUCAUGUUCUGGAGUGAUGCUUUUCCAUGAUUCUAAUACACAAGACUGGCACCUAACCAUUAUUCAUUCUUGAAUUGCUUGUGCCAGAUGUCUCGUCUCUCAUGCUGCCUGUUUAAAGGCUGAAACUGAAGGGUUUUGAUUGAUUGCCUAAGCAUGAGUUCCUUAGGAGCAAUGUUGAUCAUACUAUUGAAAUUUCAAAAUUAUAAACUAGUUUAUUCUUCCUUCAA